AGUUAAGUCACAUCAGCCAAGUACGACGUUGCGCGCGUCUAGUGCAUUAGAAUACCUACUAGAAAAUAACAAAAUCCUUUUCAAAAAUCUCCCUCCCCCAAUCAAAUGCUUCAAACUUUUCUUCACUUCUUUUGCGGCUUGGCAAAGCAGUUGGAAAAAUACGUUCCGGACGACGUUUACGCGCUCGUACGUUUGGCCGUUUUUGGUAUUUACGCCGUUUCUCCCGUCCGAGUUUUUCCGGUGAAAAAUUUCAUUGCCAAACGAGUUCCGUGAAAACUGAAACUGUCUACUAUAAUCAAAGAAGUCCGAAACCUUUUUAUUUUGUAUUUGAAAUUUAUUGUUAUAACUGUAGCGCUAAGUUUUGCGACUUAUUUGUAUAUGGUAUACGUUGCCAGGGAAGAACAUUUGGGAUUUUCAGAGAAAAAUUAAAUUAAUUGUGUACAUAGUGUUUUUAGUAGUGAAAUAAAAUAAUGUUCUAGAGCAGCAUUUUCUCUUUGGAUUGGUUCGUGUGAUAUUUUUUAGAUAAACGUCUAUACGGAAUAAGAAUGAAAAGACCUCCCGGGCUGUGGAUACUAUUAUCAGCUGGUGUCCUCUGGUUAAGUCUACAAGAUGUAUAUGGAAUCAGAGCGACGGCUCUAAUUUUCGGAAAAUCGUCCACAUCUACUUCGACGACAGAAUUGCCCGCCGAUGGCGUUUCACCAGAAAAUAACGUCGAAGAGACUGCAACUAGUACACCAGCUAGUAGUGAUAGUAAUAGUAACAGUACUAAUAAUGGUAACAGUACUGGUAACAGUACCGGCCAUACACUUACUGGGAUACCCCAAAUUGACUACGUUUGGGAUCCAAAUUUGCCCAAAGAAUUGAACGGUUAUAAUUUGUCCGAGUACCCCUUCUAUGAAAGGGUACCUGAUGAAGUGAUAGAAUUUAAGUGUGACGGAUUACACGAUGGAUUUUAUGCUAGUAUACCACACAAAUGUCAAGUUUAUCAUCACUGCCUUUUCGGAACGAGAUACGAUUUCCUUUGCGCCAACUAUACUGCCUUCGAUCAGAAAACUUUUAUCUGCCAAUUUGUGUCUGUUGUGGAUUGUGUCAAUUCGAAAAAGUUUUGGCACAGAAACGAUGCUCUCUAUCAAACGCAAUCGACAACCACAAGUGCCCCAAUAAACCUGAAAUCCGCCAUUUACACUACGGCUCCUCCAAAUGGUGACGAUUCCACAUUGCCCAGAAGAGCUCAAGGUGGUGGUGGUGGUGGUGCUAGACGUAGACCAACACGUAGAAGGAGGCCCCAAUUCGAGUACUACGACGAUGAAUACUACGACGACGAGGAGUACUACGAAGAACGACCUAGAGCGAAUAGAGGCCGCAAGAGACCCAGACCGCGCCCUAGACCCGUUUACGAAGAUGAAGAGGAUUAUGAAGAAUACGAGGACGAAAGGUACGAAAGUAGGCGUACCAACACGAGAAGAAGACCAUCGAGAAGAAGGAACAAAGACAGAAAGAAACCAGAGUACGACGACGAUGAUGUAGAAGUAGAUGAAAAAUUUGAAGAUGAAGAUUAUCUUCCAGCUCCAAAACGUUCUAAGCCAGAUGAUCGUCGCAAAGCCCCUGAAGAAGAUGAUGAAGGCUCUACAAGAAAACGUCCUUCUGAAAAACGCCGCCCUUCAGCGGAAAAACGCGAGCAAAGCUCCGAUCGCAAACCUCCAAGAAAAUCCAACCGCAGACCCGCCUACGACGAUGAAUACGAGGACGAAUUGCCUCAAUCCGACGAUAGCAGAAGUUACGAAGAUAGACCCAGAAAAAAACAGGGUGGACAGAAAGAAGAAACCAGCAACGACGGAAGACCCAUUAUUAAAUCUUCAACUGGCACCAUUUACGAUAGACCAAGAGUGGCUCCGAGAAUUAAUCUUCCUGUGCCUAAAAAUGCCGCAGACAAGUAUGCAUAUACAACUAAGUCACUAGGAGGUUCAACCACUACGCCAAAACCUGAAGAAGAAUAUGAAGACUAUGAGGAAACUGCACCAAAACGUCCAACUAAUAGAAGGCCCGCGAAAGAAUCUAAAAAAUCCAAAAAUGACGAUUCAAAAACUCAACCAAGUGGCUCUAGGCCUAGAACAAGAAAACCCGAACAAGAAGAAGUCGUAGAAAAAAGCACUACACCACCAAAACCCAAAUAUACUCAAAGAAAUAGAUACAGGCCAUCAACCACCACUAAAAAACCUGCUCCUGUAAGCCAAGAAUAUGAAGAUGAAGAAUAUUUGGAUGAAGAAGUUGAGGAACAACGGCCAAUCUUAAAAACCGAAAAAAAGACUACAACUACAACAACAACUACUACAACUACUAGUACAACCACAACAGAAGCUCCACGCAAAGAACCUGUAAUGCGAAUAAUCAAAAGACCGUUUUUGCCUAGCAGAGGAGGUAGUCCUUAUGCUUCCAGAGGCCUACAACCUGUGGGACUCAAAGCAGUAGAAAAACCUGCUCCAGAAAUCGAAUCCGAAGAAUACAUUGACUCAGACUAUGCUCAAGAUGAAGAAGCUAAGCCCGAGGAAAAAUUCAAACCAUCUCCUGUUUUAAUCAAAGUCCCAGUUCGUCCCAAAUACACUGAAGAACUUAUAGAUUUAGAGCCUUCCAGGCAACAAACCUAUAAAGCUCGCACUACGCAAAGACCAAAAAAUCCUCUAGACCUAAACGAAUACGAUGUCACUUUGAAUGACGCCCUUAAUCCGACUUUGCCGAAUUUACCCAUCAGAGCUUUCCCGACUGGAUUUAGUUCGGGUAUCGACUACAGCAACGGUUAUCAGAGGACAAGGUACGAACCGAAUCAAAACUUUUUGUAUAACAACAAGGUUGCCAAGUCGCCUCAAAGGUACGAGGCGGUACCGCAAGGACAGUACAGUACUUUAAAUGCUGGCUACAGGCAGCCGCAAGCGCAAACGCAAGCUCUAUAUUCUGGUUACUGAAGGAAAAUACUCAAAACUAAGCCAUAUAUUUAAUAUGAUUUUUCUUUUUUCUUUUUAGUAUAAUUUUCCUUUUAAUUUAAUUUUUUCUAGGUAGGAUAAUUUUGACGGAUGGUUGUGUGUAAAAUAUUUUGUAAAUUUUUAGAAGAAUAAAAAAAAUUCCCAUUUGUUA